UCUAACAGUGGGAGCAGAUUAGAAGCAAUACUGUCGCUUUAGAGCCAUUAGCGAGUCGUGUAAACACGUCCGGAAGUCUCCUUCCCUCGAGACAAGAUGUCGACCUAAGGGAUCCGAUUUCGAAUACCCCCAGGAGUUACCGAAGAAGCUCGACUAGGCAGCCGCCAAACUUAAUCGACUCCGAGAUUCCCACAUACGCCCAGCCUAACCCCUUGGCGGUGACUAGAACAAGCAAGACUUUCAUUCCGCCAUCAAGGGAUGAAGUCCAUAAUAACUUCAUUGCGAAAAAGGCAGAAGAGCCAUCAGAUUCAAAGAUGCUCUCUUCGAGUCCCCUUUCAGGUCAUGUCUCUACUUUCGAGAUCAAAACCGAACUGAGCAAUCUCGCAUGCGCUCUUCCUGAGCAAAAGCCACAAGCUCUUGAUCGUGGACACGCAACUUCCAACGUAAAACGAUUUGAAAAUCCGACAUCCUAUGCCAAGAAUAGUCAAAAAGAGACAUCUAGGCUUGGAUUCAUUUUCACCGGACGGUGUUCGGGAUGGUUAACGAUAGGGAAAGACCUUCUUGAGAGGUUCCCCAUUGCUGUCCAACAAGUGAAAUACCUGGAUGGAGUGCUACGGGACCGUCAUGACCCUCCUACUUGGAGUUUAUAUGGUGAGCUAAAGUACCUAAGGAAUUUUUUAUGUAUAUAUUUGCUAACUGUUUGGGUGGCGAAUAGACGAACUCAACAGAACACAGAGUCCUGAACACCUGCAAUCGCCAGAAGUUUCCGAGUGCCUCGUGACUGCUCUACAACUUGCAGUUCUCGCGAUACUUAAGGCUUCGAAUAUAGAAUGUCGGGCUACUGUUGGUCAUUCCACCGGAGAAGUCGCUGCAGCCGUAGCCGCUGGAUAUCUUACACCUGAACAGGCGGUUAAGAUCGCAUACUAUCGAGGCAAAGCAAUAUCCGAGGCCGAGCGCUGCAGUCCGAUAGGUAUGAUGACUGUUGGAAUCAGUUCCAGGGACAUCUUCCCGUAUAUAAAAGGAACGACAGUCGAAAUCGCCUCUUACAACAGCCCGGAGAGCCUCACCCUGUCCGGAAACGUACCUGAACUCACACAGGUACGGCGCGAUAUCAAGUGUGACGGCUACUCUGCUCAGCCCCUCCAAACAGACGAGACAUACCACUCGCGAUGCAUGACUGACGUCGGAGUCAAGUAUAUGGACUACUUGGACAGAUACGUCGAAUGGCCAAUGAACGAACAGCGAGCAGCCAUGUACUCCACUGUUGUGAAUAAGCGCAUAAUAAACCCUUUACGGUCUUCGUACUGGGUGAAGAAUAUGAGGUGUCCUGCUUUAUUUCACCAGGCACUACGGCAAAUGAUUAAAGAGGAAGCUGUGGACUAUCUCGUUGAGAUCGGUC